AUGUCCUACUUGACCGAGUUGCUGCUUUCCCUUGGGAAUGGGGAUCCUGCGGUGCGGGUGCCUGCGGAGCAGCAGGUGGCUCAAGCGAGACAGUCGGAUCUUUCGGGUUUCCUGUGUGCGGUGCUUUUGGAGUUCAGUGAUGAGUCGAAGCCGGCGUUCGCGCGCCACAUGGCAGGCACGUUGUUGAAGAACUCUAUCGCCCCGAAUCUUCGUGACCCAGUGGCUCGGCGGGCGUCAGAAAGGGAGUGGAUGGCGCUCUCUUCUGAUGUGCGUCUGAGGGUGAAGCAGGGGGUGCUUUCGUUGCUUGGGUCCCCGAUGAAAGAGGUGCGUAAUGUGGCGGCAAACAUUGUUGGAAACCUUUCACGCAUUGAGUUGCCCGCAGGAGAGUGGAAUGAUCUUCUUAAUAUUCUUCUUAGUGCUGCAGAGUCUAACAAUGAGCAGCAUCAAGAAGCGGCACUCACCGCAGUGGGGUAUGUGUGUGAGGAGGGUCGUGAACAUGACAAUGUGGGGAAGGCGCUUGUGCCUUUCACUAACAGAAUCCUUUCUGCCGUUGUGCACGGUAUGAGUAGUCAUCACGAGGAUGUGUGCUACUACGCCACCAAUGCUUUGUGUAAUGCGAUGGAGUUUAUACAUGAUAAUAUGAAACAGCAGGAGCAGCGGGAUCGGCUUCUGGACGCCCUUUGCACCACUGCCAAGACAAGCCAAACCCCACGAACACGCGAGAAGGCGAUGGAGUCCUUGGUUAAGGUUGCUGAUAUGUACUAUUCAACCUUGCCCAAUUACAUUGAGUGUUUGCAUGCAAUUACAACGAGUGCCAUCUUUCAAGAUGAGGAGGUUGUGGGUCUUCAGGCAAUGCUUUUUUGGAUAUCUAUCUGUGAGACUGAACAGGAAAUGAAGGCGGAGGGUGACACAAGGUGCCUUAACUAUGCUCUGAAAGGGGCAUCCAUGAUCUCGGAGAUUGCGCUUCAAGCGCUUCUGCAGCAGGAGGAACAGCAAGAGGAAGGCGAUUGGAAUAUUUCUAUUGCCGGAGGCAAGUUACUGCAGAGCCUCGCAUUGUGCAUUGGGGAUCCCGUUAUUUCUUUGGUUAUGCCCUUCGUCUACGCCAAGGUUGGAAGUGCAGACUGGCGGGAAAAGGAGGCUGCGGUGAUGGCAUUUGGGUGCAUCUUAAAUGGACCCUCCGCAAACGCCAUUCAAGACACUGUUGCACAGGCUUUGCCUGGACUCCUACAGUAUUUUCGUGAUAGCCACCCGAUGGUCGCCGAUACCUCAGGAUGGGCGCUGGCCGUUGUGUGUGAGUUCUUCAGUGAUGUCUUCUUGGAACAACCGACAUUUCUGCAGCAGCUCAUGAACCUCAUUACCCCAGUGAUAAGUAGCGGGGGCGCAUCGGCGGUUAGGUCGUGCCACAUUCUGCAUAACCUUGCUCUUGCCUAUGAAGAGGAGGAGAAUCAACCUACCAAUGAACUUUCUAGGUACUUUCCAGACCUUCUCAACGUUCUACUUGUGGCUAUUGAUAAUGGUAUUAAUCAGAAUGUUAAAACUGUUGCACAGGAGGCACUUAAUGUCCUUGUUGAUGCAGCUGCUGUAGAUUGCUACCAGUAUCUGCAUAUUCUGGUACCUGAACUGCAUAAGCGUAUGCACGCCAUGAUUAAUUUACAGAUACAAGGCCAGCUUAGUAACGCGGAGGUCAUGACGAUGCUUGGCUUGCUAUGUGGGUCGCUUGGUAGUGUAGCGAAGAAGGUGCAGACCGCCUUUACACAACACCUGCAGUCAAGUAUGGCGAUCAUGUUGCAAAUCUUCCAAAAUCAGUCCGAUACUGUGCUGGACGAGGCCCUUACAAUGCUAGGAAGUUUUGCACAUGCCGUAAAACAAGGACUUGUUCCCUAUUUAACAAGCGUUGCCCCGUAUGUCCUGAAGGCGUUGCAGUGCGUGGAUGAGCCGGAUCUCGCAGUGGUCGCCGUAGGCGCCUUGGGUGACUUGUCGCUCAGCCUUCGAGAGGAGAUGGCACCUUACACUGACACAUUCCUCAGCGUCAUACAUCAACACCUGCAAAACCCGGAGGUGGAUCGCGAGCUGAAGUGCACCUUUCUUAACUGCCUAGGCGACAUUGCGUUGAAUGUUGGGGGUCAAUACUUUUCACAGUACCUUGACGUCUUUAUGCAGAACUCGGAAACCCUGUAUAGGCAGAGCACCACCCUCAACAUUGCCGAAGACCCAGAGAACGAGGAGUAUGUUAUGGCAUUAUGGGAGAGCAUAGCUGUCUUUUAUACAAGCGUGUGUCAAAGUUUUAAGAGCGCCGAGACUCAGCUGGCGCCAUACCUGCAGACGAUUCUCCAAUUUGCGCUUUAUGCGUCAACGACGGCGAUGUCUCUGGAUUACGUGGAUGUGUCCGCUGCGGCUGUCUCGCUUAUUGGUGACAUGGCGUGUGUGUUGAAGAGCGUGUCCUCGCAAGAGCUGCGCCAGCAGGGGAAGAGCGCCCUGCUGACGGAUGUUGUGUGGGACGUGGUGAAUCGGGCGGCUGCAAUGGACCACGACCCGGAGGCGAAGGGGCAGAUGCAGUGGGUGGCAAAGCAGUUGGGGUUGUUGCAGGCAUCUUGA